AUGGACGCCAAUACCAACAGUAGUUCUAACCUCACCUUUAGUAACAAAUUUUCUGGCUCAUGGCUGGAAUUGCUCUGGAGUUUCUUUUUGACUACUCCUGACGACCUGCCUGAAAUAAUUCUCAUAAUAUCUUUGAUCUGCACGAUUGGAGCAUUUUGGAACCAGCACUUGAAAGACUUUCCAAUUCCUCUCUCUGUGUCAUUAUUUUUCUUUGGAUGCAGUCUUGAAAUGCUAAGUUUUACAUCUUUCCAGGUCCAAAGAUAUGUAGAUGACAUACAAGGGAUGAGUCCAGAAUUAUUUUUUGGACUAUUUACACCAGUAAUUUUCUUUAAUGUUGCAUUUGACAUGGAUGUAUACAUACUCCAGAAGUUAUUGUCACAGAUUCUUUUAAUUACAAUUCCUGGCUUUUUAAUUAAUUAUACCUUAAUUCUUUGGUAUCUGGCAUCUGUGAAUAAAUUACUUUUGAAGACCAUUCCGUGGUUAUUAUUUUCAGCUAUCCUUGUGAGUCCAGAUCCCAUGCUUACUGCAACUGCCAUAAGAGACCUUGGUCUUUCUAGAAGCCUCUCCAGUUUAAUUGUUGGAGAAAGUCUGAUGACCUCUGUUAUGUCAUUAAUGAUGUUUCGCAGUAUCAUGGAUAUUAAUAAAAGAAGACAAAGCAAGAUGAACUAUACCUUAGGUCGUGAUGUCACCCAUACAAUUUGCUCAUAUUUUAUAGGAAGUUUCUCAAUUGGAAUUCUAAGUGCAAAACUAAUUGAGUUGUGGAUGUCAACUGUUAUUGAUCAUGAUAUCAAUCAUAUAAGUUUCAUCUUUUCAAUGCUGUACUUCAUCUUUUAUAUUUGUGACCUAAUUGGAAUGUCUGGGGUAUUUACCCUGGCCAUUGUGGGACUUUUAUUAAGUUCUACAAGUUUUAAACCAGGAGGUGAAGCACUUCUUCUUGAAUUCUGGAAUUGUCUAGCAUUUAUUGCUUUUCUUAUGGUGUUUACUUUCGUUGGACUUUUCAUUCCUGAUCAUACAUAUUUCUAUAUAACAUUUUCUGAUAUAUAUUAUUCAUUAAGUAUCUACUUUAUGCUGAUCGUUUUAAGACUUCUGGUCUUUCUAUUAAUGAGCCCUGCUUUGUCUCGAGUUGGCCGUGGGUUCAACUGGCGCUGCACAUUCAUAAUGGUCUGGAGUGAAGUGAAAGGAACGCCGAACAUAAGCAUGGCCCUUCUGUUUGCCUACUCUGACCUUGCCCUUGGAUCUGAGAGGCAAAAAUCUCAGGUAUUAUUUCACGGAUUGACUGUAUGCUUAAUUUCCCUGAUUGUCAACAGAUUUAUUUUGCCAAGGGCAGUUACUAGACUAGGUCUUCGUGAUGUCACAUCAACCAAAUAUAAGUCAGUUUAUUAUACAUUUCAACAUUUUCAAGAACUAACCAAAUCUUCAGCCUCUGCACUGAAAUUUGAUAAAGAUCUUGCUAAUGCUGAUUGGAACAUGGUUGAGAAAGCAAUUACUCUUGAAAACCCAUAUACAUUGCACCAGGGAGAAACAACAGAGCAUCAGAAGGUGAAAUGUCCAAACUGUAACAAAGACAUAGAUGAGCUCCUUAACAUUGAAGCAAUGGAGCUUGCCAACAGGCGUCUCUUGUCAGCACAAAUAGCGAGCUACCAGAGACAAUACAGGAAUGAGAUUCUGACCCAGAGUGCAGUCCAGGUGUUGGUAGGUGCAGCAGGAAGUUUUGGUGAGAAGGGAGAAUGUAUAAGUAUUGAGACAAUAAGGAAAUAUUCUGAAAGCAGAAAGAUACUUAUCAUUAUUAGAAAAAUACUGCUCAAUUGGGUAUAUAAAACUAAAAAAGAAAAUGAGAUAUCAGGGCAUUUCUGUUUUCGUAUAUGCCACAAAAUAGUAUUUACUGCUGAAUUUGAGUAUGUUGGAUACCUUGUGACACUACUGAAUACAUUUCCUAUCAUAAUGUUUUGGAUACCCCACUUAGGUCAAAUCUAUGACCACGAAAUAAAACGUGCUAGCUACAUUUUUCUUGCAUUUUAUAUCCUAGAGGGCCUACUUAAGAUGGCAGCAAUAAGGAAUGAUUUUUUCUCAUAUACCUGGAACUUAUUUGAAUUACUAAUUACAGUAGUUGCCAUCAUAGAUAUAAUACUUGCUGAGAUGAACACCAGUAAUAAGAAUGUUGUUUUGAAUCAAACAUUGAUCUUUAUAAAAACUGUUCAACUUCUUCGUUUACUACGCCUUUUGAAGCUCAUAACACCAAAGUUGCUGCAAUUAACAGAUAAAAGGAUGAGUCAUCUGGUGUCCUUUUGGUAUGCUGUACUAAAAGGAUAUGUCCAAGGUGAAUCAGAUGUAGUGACUAUAAUUGAUCAGAUUGCAAGCUCUAAACAGGCUAAACAGAUGUUAUUAAAGCGGGUAAUAAGGAAUAUGGAAAAUGCUAUGAAAGAGCUAGGCUACUUAGAGUGUGAUCACCCAGAAAUUGCUAUCACUAUGAAAACAAAAGAGGAGGUUAAUGUCAUGCUCAACAUGGCUAAAGAAAUUAUUAAGGCUUUCAGGUUAAAAGGAAUUAUUCAUGAAGUUGAAGGUACUGAAAUUGAAAAGUUAAUCAUGACCAAAAAAAGACAAAUGCUUGAGUUGCAAUCUGUUAUCAAGCCUCUUACUGUUGAAGAAGUUCUGUAUCAUGUUCCAUGGCUAGAUAAAGAGGAAGACUAUAUAAAACUCAUUCAGGAAAGAGCCAAAGUUAUAACAUUUGAUUGUGGAAAUGAUAUAUUUGAAGAAGGUGAUGAGCCCAAAGGAAUUUAUAUAGUUAUUUCAGGCAUGAUAAAGCUUAAACAAUCAAAGCCAGGUUUUGGGAUUGACCAAAUAUUGGAGUCAGAGGAGAAAGAUCAACCGAUAAUUUACGCAGACUAUAUACUCAGUGGGGAAAUGAUAGGAGAGCUAAACUGCUUAACUAAUGAACCUAUGAAAUGUUCUGCCACCUGCAAAACUGUGGUGGAGACAUGUUUUAUUCCCAAACACUGCUUGUAUGAAGUCUUUGAGGAAUGUCCUCUCAUUGAGCAUAACAUGUGGCUAAAAAUUGGACUUGCUAUUACUGCCAGAAAAAUCAGGGAACACUUGUCUUAUGAGGAUUGGAACUACAAGCUGCAAUUAAAGCUCUCUAAUAUUCAUGUAAAAGAUAUACCAAAGAACACCAAAAUUAGUAUCUAUGAUGAAACUGUAACCUAUGUUAUCGUCAUAAAUGGAGCUGUAGAAGAUUGUCAGUUACGAAAAGCUUACAAGGCACCUUGCCUAAUUCCUAUAACAUGCCAUCAGAUACAAGGCACUGAAAAUUUCACAAAAGUAAUGAUUAUUCAAACUUCAACUAAUACGCAAGAAUUUAGAUGGAAUGCUAAGAAGUUUCUCAUGUACCAGGAUAAAUAGGAAUGGUUGACAAGACUGCCCCGAACACACAUUGAUGCUGCUGUUUUGAGAGGCCUCCUGUUGCUGAAACACACUUCCCUACAUCAAGAGGUAGCAACUUCACGUCAGAUCCUGUGCGGAUGUUCGUGGUGCCAAGGAGAAAAGAAGUUUGGACCUUGCAAC